ACCAAAUCAUUGUUGCGGUUAAGAUAAUUAAAAGAACCUUUGGUAGCUCGAACGAAAACUAAAUAACUUCGUCGACUCAAGAUGAAACUUUGGUUCAGUUUUAUCGCUUUCGUAGCUUUCGUUGGCUUUUGCGUUGCUGUGCCGUUGAGAGAUGACAUGGGCAAUGAUGAAGAUGUCAAUGAAGAGAUGAUGAGAGACUUGGACGAAAAUGCAUCUGAUGUCAUGAAUGAGGAAAAGCAAGAGAGUGCCGAUGAUGAAGCGAAGCCGGAGGAAGAUAAGCCAAAGACAGAGGAGCCUCAGGAGAAAGGCAACGAAGCUGAGGCAAAGGACGAAAAUGAACGGAAAGACGAUGAUGAUGAAGCGAAGCCGGAGGAAGAUAAACCAAAGACAGAGGAGCCUCAGGCGGAAGGCAACGAAACUGGGGCAAAGGACGAAAAUGAACAGAAAGACGACGAUGAUGAAGCAAAGCCGGAGGAAGAUAAGCCAAAGACAGAGGAACCUCAGGCGGAAGACAACGAAGCUGAGGCAAAGGACGAAAAUAAACGGAAAGACGACGAUGAUGAAGCGAAGGCGGAGGAAGAUAAGCCAAAGACAGAGGAGCCUCAAGCGGAAGACAAUAAAGCUGAAGUGAAACAGGACGAGAAAGAACCAAACGCGAUCGAAGAUGAGACGAAGUCGGAGCUUCAGAAAUCGGAGGAGGAAGAUAACCUGCACAAAGAUGCCGAAAUUAGGCCGAAAGAAGAAGAUAAGUCGAAGGAUGAAGAAGAUGAAAACCAAGCGGAAAACGAAAGACAACAAGAAGCUGCGGAUAGUAAACCUAAAAACGAAGGUACGGCGAAAGAAAACGAAGAUGCUUCGAAAGAUAACGAAGAUGAAGCAAAAAGUGAAGAAAAUGUUGAAGAUAAUACUAACAAUGAAAACGAUGAAAAUGACAAUGAAAGCGACGAGGAACACGAUGAAGACGACGAAAAAGAAGAUGAUGAAAAACAAUCGAACAACAAAGGCAUGGGUAACGGCAAAGUAAACAAGCCGAAAAAUUUUUGGGAUUUUUAUCCAUACCCUGACCAUAUUCAUUAUCCCGUUAUUUGGCCAGGACCAUGGGGUGGUUAUCCGUAUGGUGGUUUUCCAGUUGUCAUUCUUCAACCUCCAGAAAAGAAAAAAGGCGGCAAAAAAGGAACGAAGAGAUAUUUCGGCUAUAAUUUCGGUCAUUGGCCCUGGUACGGACACAGUUUAGGAAAUGGUCAUGGAUACAGUUUUGGACAUGGAGUUGGCAACGGCCUCUACCGGUAUCCAGCCUUGGGAGUUGGUUUGCCGUAUGGUGUUUAUGGAAAAUAAGUUGAGGUUCAAGAAGUGAUUGAUAUAUGCCUUAUACGCAGAAAGGCGUUUUCGAAAGUGUAGUCAUGUAAAGUAACUUUUAUCGUAAUUAGCAUCCGUUUUUAUUGAAGUAUAUUACGAGAAAUACAAAUAAUAGAA